ACGGCAGUUUUCGUGUGUCGAUGCGUUACUUCGAGUGGAUACAUUCCCGGCAGGGUAAUGUUAAUCGCAUUACGAUUUCGAUAACGAACAGCAGCACCUAAGUGCUAACGUAACUCGCGAUAAGUAGACCACUUUUGGUAGCCCAUCACGAAUUCUAUAGGUACCGGUAGAUUCCUUCACCUCAAGGAUGUCUGUUUUACUGCGACAGUCAUUGUCCCGCUUAACUCCGUUGUCAGCUGUGAGCUGUACGUACCUUCAGCAGCUGCACUCUCAGCAGCCAAGUGUGGACCUGUGCACAUUAACUAAAACUUCUGCAGAACAGCAAGGUCGUCUUCCAGUGGUACCUGUUUUCAGGCAAGCACUGUCUUUCCCUGCUGAAUCAAUCGCUCUGAGGGAUGCCUACGGAGAGUACACAUACCGUGGAUUAUUCCUCAGUAGCCGACAGUUAGCUGAUCAGCUUACAGACUCAUUUGCCGGAAGACGUGGUGAACGAGUUGCAUUCCUGGCUGGCAAUGAAGCAACUUAUCUUAUUAUUCAGUGGGCAUGUUGGAUGAGUGGUCAAACAGCUGUUCCUCUGAGCAGUGUGCACCCACCACAACUGUUGGAAUACUUCAUCUCUGACAGUGAUGCAGGAGUAGUUGUUGCAACAACUGAACAUGCUGAUACUCUACGGAAAGCCGCUGGAGACAAGCGCAAAUUUAUUGUCCUUGACUCGACACUACGCACUCUUUCAUCCAGGAAAGCAGAUCAGUUGGGAAGUGAGAAUGUAACCCUACCUGAGGAAGCCCAUGAACUUAAAGGAGGUGGACAAGAACCAGAGUUUUAUGAUGACAAUGAUGCACUUUUCAUCUACACGUCUGGAACAACGGGACCUCCAAAAGGAGUUGUGUUGACUUACCGCAACCUGGAUGCACAGGCACAGUCACUAAUAAAGGCAUGGGAGUGGUCAUCUAAAGACAGCAUUCUGCAUACACUACCUUUACAUCACAUUCAUGGUGUUGUCAAUGCCCUGCUUUGCCCACUCCUCGUUGGUGCCAGAGUUGUUAUGCUACCAAAAUUUGAUGCUCCAACUGUAUGGGCGAAGCUUCUGGCAUUAAAUACAGUGGCUGCAGAAAGAGUCAACAUUUUCAUGGGUGUGCCAACUAUGUAUGUCAAGCUAAUUCAGGAGUAUGACCAUGCAUUUGGCAAUAAUGAACGCAUGAAAGAGUACAUUCAUUCUGUUUGCUCCCAAAAGAUAAGGUUAAUGGUGAGUGGUUCAGCACCAUUGCCAGCACCUAUAAUGGAACGUUGGGAAGAAAUAACUGGCCAUCGUCUUCUGGAACGAUAUGGAAUGAGUGAGACAGGCAUGAUCCUAUCAAACCCCCUUCAUGGAGAAAGAAAGCCUGGAUCUGUUGGACACCCACUUCCUGGUGUCACUGUACGGCUAAGUGAUAGUGGUGAAGUGCAGGUGAAAGGGGACAAUGUUUUUUCCAGAUACUGGAACAGGCCACAAGCCACAGCAAAAGAAUUCACAGAGGAUGGAUGGUUCAAGACAGGUGACACAGCUGUUAUAGAGGAUGGUUACUACAGACUGCUCGGUCGGACAUCAGUUGAUGUCAUUAAGACUGGUGGAUAUAAGGUGGGUGCGGUUGACAUAGAAGCCAAGCUGUUGGCGCAUCCAGCAUUGGCAGAUGUUGCUGUACUUGGUGUUGAGGACCCCACCUGGGGACAAAGGGUUGUUGCUGUAGUGGUCCCAGAAGAAAAUAAGACUGUACCAACAUUAGCAGAGCUACGUGAGUGGGCAAAAGGACAUAUGGCACCUUAUGCUAUUCCUACCCAAUUAAAAGUGAUAGAACAGCUGCCACGCAAUGCCAUGGGCAAGGUCAAUAAGAAAGAUCUUAUCAAGCAGCUGUUUCCUUCCAAAAGUACUGGAACAGCAGCGGCUGCUAAAUAGGAAUAUAUGACAGUAAAAAAUAAUGUCUGCUGAAACAAUGCACACAGAAGACUGAAAUGCUGAAGAAGUACAUAGGAAUUACAAAUUAGCAAAAAAGUGUUUUUGGGAAUAAUAAAAAAGUGUACAGUAGUCUUUAAAUAAAACCUUUGAAGUAAGAAAAUUGAAAUAUUUUGAAGGAAGCUUAUAUAUGAUAGUGACUAAAACACAUGGAAUUAAAAGUUUACUAAAGAUGCAUUUCAUCAUAUUGGUGUGCCUUUCAGAAAAUUAUUUUUAUGAGCUGUUGGAAGACAUACAAAUCUUAUAUAGACCAUAAUGCCAGUUUGUUGAGAAAUUCAAACCAUAAUGCCAGUUUGUUGAGAAAUUCAAAUUACACCAUUGUUACACAGGUACAGAUAGGUUGUAAUCAAAAAAUUAGAGGUUAUGAUACUGUCAUUUUGCAAAUUUAUUUAUUCGUACAUGUGCUUUCUGGUAUGCCAAAAAGUCUUGUUUAUGGUGAAAUUUGAAAAGUUUUGUUGGUAACUGAUUAAUCGUAUGUUUUUAUGCAGUUUGCUAGGGCCAAAGUAUCAGUGAUGUACAAGACCAAUGAAGCUAUGCUGCACAUAACUUUAACAAGAUGCAAAAUUUUGCUGUACUGAAGGAAUUUAACAUAAAUUAAUACUGCUCAGGGAAAGUAGAGAUUAAAGUAGAAAAGUAGGUUGUUGUUACUUUGAGAUUGCUUUAACAACUUUCUAAUGUUUAUUUAUAAUUCCAUAUUUUAAAGACUGAAAAUAUGUAAGCAUUGGAUGUGAGAUGUGAAUACGUAAGCCUGAAGGAAACGUUGUUUCAUAGUGAUUUUUAUGGAACAUCAUUGUGUAUGUUUUGUGGUGUGGCUAAUGUCCUAAUGUAGCAUUUUUUCCCCAAUGUUAAACUUCCUUUUUCUUUUCUUUCUACUUUUUUCUUCAACUUUCAUUAAUUGUUGGUCAUAUUAGUGCAAGUAAUACAGUAUGUGGGGGAUAUUAUUACUUACUAUAGGUGGUAUUCAUUUGUUCCAGUUCACUACUAUUAAUAUUAGUGCUUUAGUUAUGAUAAAUGGAAGCCAUUAGUGGGAUAUAAAUUAUGUUUUAGAGAGCAGACUAAAACAUACCUAUAAGAUGAAAGUUUUUUAAAGUAGAGAGAAAUGUGUGGGACAAACACAUAUGAGAUGUAAAGAGGAACAUGUGUAGGACGAAAAACACACACACACAUUUUUGUGGAACAGUCUAACACUUGGUACUUCACCUUAAAGGUGUGUUUAUUAAUUGUUAAUUAUCCAAUUAUCUAUUAUUUACAUCCCUCUGCUGCCCAUUUUAAUGUGCUUUACAUAUUUUAUUGUGUUAAAAAUCAUUUAUGUUAACUUAUUCUGCCAAAAUAAACAUUGCACUUUUGAAAAAUGCUCCAAUGUAGCAGACAGUUUUUCUAUGUGUGUUCUCUUUUCAUUCAUAUCACAACUUACAUUGGAUUUUAAAUUAUGAGCUUCAAAUGUCUUACAAAGACGUAUGUGGUGUGCUCUGUGUACAUAGGUUUUUGCACAGUACUCUGACACAAAACAGAGAGAAAGCAACUGUCCUUUUGGUGAGAGUGGAUUCUUGUUGACUUUUCCCAGUGUAAAGCGCUAAUAAGAAUAUUAUAAGUCAACAUUCCAUUCUGGUUAGAGUAAUUUGUUUGUGUGCAGUUUCUUAUAUGUCUCUUCUAUCAAGUUGUCUCCAUGACAUCUAUGUCUUCCCAUGACUUUUCUCAGAACUUGAAAGGUACUUCUCAUUUGCUGUUUUUUGGUGCUUUAAAUUAGAAUGAGAGUUUCCUUUGUAGAUGUCGAGCACCUUUGAAAAUUCUUGUUUAUAUACAUUAUGGCAUCUUAACAUCCAGAAGCUUCCAUCAAAUAUAUCAGAACCUUAAAAGUAAUUUUAUCUAUAUUGCAGGAACUUUUAGGCUGAAAACUAACUCUUGAGUAGGGCUUGUCCCCCUCCCCCCAUAAAAGAUUUCUUUUUUACAAAAAUGAUAAGGAGCAUUAUUCAAAACAGUGUAUGUAACUCCUCAAGUGAUGAGUGUCUGUAUUCUUGGUUCCUGCAUGUCAUGUCACAUUCUGGAUCCUACAUGUCUGACACAUUGUUUGUAUUGUUCCAAUAUUUUUAAUACAUUUCUUCUUAUUCCCCAGGUGUUUCUGAGAAAUUUGUCUGAACCAUUCGUCAUUAAAAAAUAAAAAUUAAAAAAAAAAUGUUGAACUUUCCUAUGUUGAAGCUAGUUGAAUCACAUUGUCAGUGAAACAGUGACCAAUACAAUACUGAAAAAUGUAUGUUUUAGUCUAAAGGCACAAUUUAUUUAUUUUGCCUAGUGACUAACAGUUUUGAUUCACAGUGCCAUUCUCAGGCCAUCCUCUAAGACGCAGUCGUCACAUUCACUUCCCAAGUGGGUGUGUCAGUUACUUAUUUGACACACCUAAUUGGAAAGCGAGCAUGAUGACUGCGUGUCAGGGGCUGGCCUGAGGAUGGUACUGUGUACUGAAAUGGGUUGCCAGCAGGCAAAAUAAAUAAAUAAUUUGUCAUUAUAGACUAAAACAUAUUUUCUUUUUAGUACACCCUUUAUCUAUCAACACAUUUUAUUUCAAUAUUGUAAAAGCAGUAUUGUAAUAUCCUGCCACAGAGAAGAGUAUGCAUUUAUUUGUUUGUAUGCGAGUAAUGUGUACACACAGCCUCUAAGAGUGGAAUUAACAAAUUGGUCAAAAUAAUUUACCAACAGGUAUGUUUGAUGCAUUCUGUGCAAUAGUCAUACAUAAUUGUUAAGUUUAAAUGUCACUCAGAGUGAUAACAACCAACUGAAUUAAAUCGCCACAAAAAUUUAUUUCCUGUGGAAUAUGGUCAUAAUUUCUAUGUGUGACUUAAAAUUUUUGUUGAGAUAAAUUGUACUUAAGAAAAAUAACUCCUGCCUCUGCGAGCAAAAUACAUUUGGAACCAUGGAGACAGAUUGUUUGCAAAUAGUUCAUCUACAAAGUCUAUAUCCUCUCAUUUUAUGGAAUUGUAGAUGUAUAUUAUAUUGAGUACACUAAAACAAAUCGGGCCUCUUAGAUACUGAAUUGGUCAAUUUCUUUUUGCAAUGGCAAAAAGAGAAAUUGAUUGUUGUCAAGACUGGACAACUGAGGUGCAACAAGUUGCAAUUCAAGUGCGAACCAAUGUGUUUACAUAAGCAUGCUAGUUUGAUAUUUUGUUCUGGCUUGUUCUGUGCUGUGAUAUGUUAAGUAACAGGGGGAAAAGGAAUGAUCGGAAUAGAUGCUAAUACUUCUGCCCUACAUUUAUCCUAGCAGCUAUGUACAGAGUUGCUCGUAAUAGUGUUGCCAAAGGAAAUGGGUAUGCCUUAGCAAACAUUAAUGAUUGUUCAGCCUUAUGGGCCGUGUGUACACACAAUUCAUAGUUGCUGAAGUAUUGCUGCCUAUGAACUUAUGGCAGUUGACUGAAUCCAGAAGGCAACUAUGGCUUUAGUUCCCUCCAGUACUGACUUCAUGUGACAUGAGUUAUAGAUAAUUAUUCAUAUUUCUUGAUUCACCUUUACUGAGACUUUAUUUUAUAUAAUAAAAAUAUGAUUUCUGAAUGUUGCUUGAAAAUCCAUUUGGUAAUUCAGUAUGAAAGUUCUAUUAUAUUUUAUGCAUAAAAAAGACACUAAUUCAGAUGUUGGUAAUCAAAAUCUGCAGUAAAUUUGACAGAAUUUUGAUUUGAUGUUGAAUGGAAUAAAAUUGAAAUGUACUGUAUGUUUUUAGAAAUAAACUGGCACCUGUUCAAAGUUUUA